AACCUAUAAGCAGACGAUUGAAGAGCAAGAAUUGCAACCAGUAGUUGAGCCUGCUAAAAGUCAAGUUGUAGAUUCUCCUAAAGCUGGUUCAAGUUCAAAGAUUCCUUUAGAAAUAGACCAGACAAAUGAGGAAUUUGAGCAUCUCAGUAUGAUAACUGGGGAUAAUGAAAGAAGUAUAAUAUUUAGAGAGCAAAACAUGGGACCAGCAUUAAAAAGGCGAGCUGUUGCCGUACAUAAUGCAAAAGUUCCAAGAUAUCAUCCAGAUAAUGGAAGCGAUAUCAGAAAAAUGUUAGAGAGUCAAAGAAAACCAUUUCAGGAACUACUUGAAAAAGAGUUCGACAAACGCGGGCAGUUCAAAUUUUAA